GAGCACAUGUGUGGGAGAUCCAGCCUCCCUCUCUCUCUCUCCCUCUCCUACACACAUACACACAGCUUUACCCUGGAGAAGGGGAACCACGGCACAAAGAGCACACAAACACACACACACAGGACAGAGAUCUCCUGCGUCCUCUCCUGUCCUGCAGUUUAUGUGUGUCCCGCAGUAUCCGCUGUGGGCUUUUGGAGAUGCCGGACACCGAGCGCUCGCGUCCCAGCUCUGGACUGUGGAUUUGGGCUCUGCUGCUGUCUCUGUUCCUCUCGGGACGCUCUGGAGCCUGUCCUCCUCACUGCUCCUGCACCGGAUCCACUGUGGACUGCCAUGGACUUGCCUUUAAAAGCGUCCCGCGAAACAUCCCCAAAACCACGGAGCGCCUGGACUUGAAUGCAAACAACCUCACGCACAUUGGCAAGGAUGACUUCGCUGGCCUGAAGCACCUCCGAAUUUUGCACCUCAUGGACAACCAGAUCGUCUCCAUUGACAGGGGAGCCUUCAGUGAUCUGAAGGAGCUGGACAGACUGCGUCUCAACAGAAACCGUCUCCAGCAACUCCCAGAGCUCCUGUUCCUGAAAAACCCUGCUCUGUCCAGACUGGAUUUGAGUGAAAAUAACAUCCAGAUGAUCCCAAGAAGAGCAUUCAGAGGAGCUACAGACAUCAAAAACCUACAGCUGGAUAAAAACCACAUCAGCUGCAUUGAAGACGGAGCGUUUCGAGCCAUGAGGGUCCUGGAGGUCCUCACUCUGAACAACAACAACAUCAGUGCAAUCCCCAUUUCCAGUUUUAACCACAUGCCCAAAUUACGAACAUUCCGUCUGCACUGGAACUCUCUGCGCUGUGACUGUCACCUGUCGUGGCUCUCUCAGUGGCUCCGGCAGAGGCCAGCGCUCGGUCUUUACACCCAGUGCAGUUCUCCAGCGCACCUGCACGGACUUAACCUGGCAGAGCUGCAGAAGAAGGACUUCACCUGCGCUGGUGCUCUGGACUCCAGUCCUCAGCCGUGUGGUCUUGCGUCCGGCUCUUGUCCGCCCAUGUGCUCCUGCACCAACAAUAUUGUGGACUGUCGAGGAAAAGGUCUGACGGCAAUUCCAGCAAACAUGCCCGAGAGUAUGACUGAGAUACGACUGGAGCAGAACGGCAUCAAAUCUGUACCUCCGGGAGCGUUUUCCUCUUACAAGAGACUGCGGAGAAUCGAUUUGAGUAAUAACCAGAUAUCAGAAAUAGCUCCUGAUGCCUUUCACGGUCUGCGCUCUCUCAACUCACUGGUUCUUUAUGGAAAUAAGAUUACAGAUCUGCCGCGGGGUGUUUUUGACGGACUGAGUGCAUUAGAGUUACUACUACUAAACGCCAAUAAAAUCCACUGUGUCCGUGUCAACGUCUUCCAGGACCUGGAGAACUUAUCUCUAUUGUCCCUCUAUGACAAUAAGAUCCAGACUCUUGCGAAAGGCACAUUCGCGCCGCUGAAAUCCAUCCAGACUCUUCAUUUGGCCCAGAAUCCGUUCGUCUGUGAUUGUGGUUUGAAGUGGCUGGCAGAUUUUCUGAGGUCAAACCCGAUUGAGACCAGCGGCGCGCGGUGCUCCAGUCCUCGACGGCUCGCUAACAAGCGCAUCAGUCAGAUCAAGAGCAAGAAGUUCCGCUGUUCGGCCAAGGAGCAGUAUUACAUCCCAGGCUCAGAGGACACACGAAUGAAUAAGGACUGCAACAGCAAGCCUGUUUGUCCACCCAAAUGCCGCUGUGAAGCUACCGUGGUGGACUGCUCCAAUUUGCGGCUGACCAAGUUCCCCGAGCACCUUCCGCUUUCUACAACUGAACUACGUCUCAAUAACAACGACCUGUCUAUCCUGGAGGCAACAGGACUCUUCCGGCCCCUCACACAUCUCAAGAAAAUAAAUCUUAGCAACAAUAAGAUCACUGAGAUUGAGGACGGAGCUUUCGACGGAGCGUCUUCUGUGGUUGAGCUUCACCUGACUGCAAACCUCCUGGUGUCUGUGAGAGGAGGAAUGUUUCGGGGAAUGGACGGAUUACGCAUGCUGAUGCUCAGGAACAAUCACAUCCGUUGUGUCCACAACAGCAGCUUCUCAGGCCUGCAGAACGUGCGUCUGCUGUCACUCUACGAUAACCAGCUCACCACCAUCAUGCCCGGAGCCUUCGACUCGCUGCCAAACCUCUCCACCCUAAACCUGCUGGCGAACCCGUUUAGCUGUGACUGUCGUCUGUCCUGGCUGGGAGAAUGGCUCAGGUCUCGGCAGAUCGUGACAGGAAACCCUCGCUGUCAGAAUCCAGCUUUUCUUCGAGAAAUCCCACUGCAGGAUGUAGCCAAGCCGGACUUCAUCUGUGACAAAGAUGUGCUGGAGCAGGAUGUAAGCUGCAUCCCGAAGCCGCAGUGUCCCGAGCAGUGCACAUGUGUGGAUUCAGUGGUGCGCUGUAGUAAUAAACACCUGUCCGCUCUCCCCCGCGGCGUCCCACUCAACGUCACCGAGCUAUAUCUGGAUGGAAACGUGUUUGUGUCGAUUCCUCAAGAGCUCUCGGCCUUCAGACAACUGCAGCUGCUCGACUUGAGCAACAACAAAAUCAGCUCCUUGACCAACACGUCUUUCACCAACAUGAGCCAGCUGACCACACUAAUCCUGAGCUAUAACGCUCUGCGCUGUAUUCCUCCUCUGGUGUUUGGUGGUCUCUCGUCUCUCCGCCUGCUAUCUCUACACGGGAACAACAUCUCUGAGCUACACCAGCAGAUCUUCAGAGACGCCGCGUCACUUUCACACCUGGCCAUCGGUGCAAACCCGCUGUACUGUGACUGCCGGCUGCGCUGGCUCUCGGACUGGGUGAAGAGCGGGUACAAGGAGCCCGGCAUCGCCCGCUGUGCUGGACCGCAGGGUAUGGAGGGAAAACUACUGCUGACAACACCUGGAAACACCUUUCAAUGCACAGGUCCAGUGGAUGCGUCUGUGUCUGGGAAGUGCAGCCCGUGCUCGUCAAACCCCUGCCAGAACCAGGGCCGCUGCCACAACGACCCCCUUCACCAGUACAAGUGCAGCUGUCCACAGGGAUACAAGGGCAGGAACUGUGAGCUCUCCAUCAGCGCCUGUGAAGCAAACCCAUGUGUGAAUGGAGGAACCUGCAGACCUGAAGAGUCCAGAAGAGGAUUCAGGUGUGUGUGUCCUCUGGGUUUCGAGGGUCUCUUCUGUGAGCUGGACGUGGACGACUGUGUGGACCACCAGUGUGUAAACGGCACCAUCUGUGUGGACGGAGUGGGAAACUACAGCUGUGUGUGUGCGCAGCCCUUCUCCGGACAGAAGUGUGAAGAGUAUGAGGAAGAUCUCUGCUAUCCUGGACAGAAUCCCUGUCAGCGGGGCUCCACCUGUAUACCCACCGUCAGCGGACCCAAGUGCAUCUGUCCGCCUGGUUUCGUGGGUGACGACUGCAGUGUGGACUAUAACGAGUGUGAGGGCCAUUACUGCCAGAAUGGGGCCCGCUGUGUGGAUCAUGUGGCUGGAUACACAUGUGUGUGUCCAGCAGGCUACAGUGGUCGCCUGUGUGAAGCGUCUGUGUCGGCCUGUGAUCUGCUGCAGUGUGUGAACGGCGCCCCCUGUGAGGAGAUUUCUGGCACUGCAGUCUGUCAGUGUCUGCCGGGCUUCAACGGCCUGCGCUGUGAGAAACUGCUGAGUGUCAACUUCAUCGACAGAGACUCAUAUCUGCUGCUGCUGAGAGAUGCUACACAAUCUACACACAACAACAUCACGCUACAGGUCUCCACAGCCGAAGACAACGGGAUUCUUCUCUACAAUGGUGUUAAUGAGCACAUCGCUGUGGAGCUGCAUGACGGCCAUGUUAAAGUGACCUACGACGCUGGACGGCAACCCGGAAGCACCAUUUACAGCUCUGAAAUAGUGAACGAUGGACAGUUUCACACUGUUGAAUUGGUUACUUAUGAACGGAUGGUCAAUCUUUCCAUCGAUGGAGGACUUCCCACAACUCUGGACAGUUCAGGACACAUCCAGCCGCUCACCAGAGACGCCCCGCUAUAUGUAGGCGGUAUGCCCGAAAAUGCCAAGUCGCUGUCAUCUAACCACUGGCCCCCAGUGAACGGAUCCAGUUUUCAAGGCUGCAUCCGAAACCUGUACAUCAACAAUGAGCUGCAGGAUUUCACACAGACUCAGAUGAAGCCCGGUGUGGUGCCCGGCUGUCAGGCCUGCCAGGAGCUGCUCUGUGUGAACGGACUGUGCCAGCCGGACUCCGCCAUCGGCCCAGUGUGCCACUGUCAGCCAGGAUGGGGCGGAAAACACUGUGACCAGAUCCUGCUCACUGCUGCCGCUGCCACAAACCCCUGCCAGAAACACAAGUGUGUUCAUGGCGUGUGUGUAGCAGUGGACCUGCAGUCGUAUCGCUGUGAGUGUGUGGAGGGUUUUCACGGGCAGCUCUGCAGUCAGCAGGAUCCCUGUACAGCUCUCUCAUGCCAACACGGCCUGUGCCAGAUCUCUCCGACGGGACAGCCGCAGUGUGUGUGUGACAGCGGAUACAGCGGACAGCUCUGUGACAUCGUGUCUCCGUGUCAAGGCGAGCCUGUGCGGGAUUUUCAUCGUGUUCAGCGAGGCGAUGUUCAAUGCCGCAGCACACUGCCGAUGUCCUGGACGGAGUGUCGAGGCGGAUGCAGAGCGGAUUCGGGAUUGUGUUGUGUCGGUUUGAGAGUACGCCGCAGACGCUACGGUUUCGAGUGCGACGACGGCACAACUUUCACACAGGAGGUCGAAAAGACAGUGGAGUGUGGCUGUGGAAAGUGCGUGUAGCGUGAUUUUUGUAUCCGUUUACCAUGGAGAAUAACAUCUGUGAGGUAGUUUGAAGAAUGGUUUAAAGACACGAUGGUAACCCUUGCAUGUGAAUGAUGAAUUAUGGGGACUCGCUGCUGUCGGAUCAUUUAAUAUAACAGUUGGAGCUUAGAUGUAAGGAUGCAGUUUAACAGGCGGCAGGAUUUAUAGUAUUUAAUAAUAUAAUUGUAAAUGAUCGGGCUAACAUUGCUUUUUGAUUGUAAUAUACAUGCGCCUUUUAAUUUUCAUAUAGUAUUUUUGUAUGUUGAGCACCGACAUUGGUGAUGUACAAUUUUUUACCUUGUAGUGUUUGUUUUAAUUCACUCUAUGACAGUAGGGUUUGUUUACCAUCAUUUACGGCAGUCUCAUAUGUGUUUUUUGUGUUUGCAAGUGUUUCUAUUUAUUUUAUUAAAGGUUUUGCCUCUUUAAAAAUGA